AUGACUAUAAAAUAUCACAUUCAUUUGACUGUCUGUGAAGUGAAAAAUUAUAGCAAUCCUUCCCUUUUCAGAAAAGUAAAAUUCAAGAAUUGGUUAAGAAACGGCAAUCACAUGAUCAUCAGAACUGAGCAAUACAGCUGCAGCGACCUCAUGCCGCCGCCGGAGCUACCAGUACCGGAGGAAGCCAGAAGCUCAAACGACCUCCAGCUCCAACACAGAGGAGACUUCCCGGAAUUUACGAGGGCCAUUAACUCCAUAGCCCUUGGUCGUCUGGUUCCCUCCCUUUCCCUCAAGUCUAUCCAGGAAGUCACUGAAUACCUUCUUGAAAUAGACCCAGAAGUGGUAAAAAUCUUUCUCGAAAAUAAGAAAGACAGUAUCGAAUUAUCGAAUCUUGUUGAUUAUUAUUUCCAAAAACAUCAUCAAACCUUAAAAUUCUGCACCGCCCUAGAUGUCUGUCUUAAGCGUGGUGGUCAUAUCGAGUCGAUAAUGAAUGUAGCUCUUCGAGUAUUUAAGGAAGAACAUUACAGUAUUUCGGGAGAAGGGGGUGUGAAAAUUUAUCCGAGAACUUUAGAGGAACUAAGGAGUUUAAAGGCGGCAGUGGAUCCCUUCAUAGAGUUCUUGGAACUCUUUACCUCGGUUAAUAAGCAGCAAGAUUUGAUGACAGAGAAAUUGGAAGCAAAGAAGAGACAAUUAGACAAGAAGUUGGGGAAAAUGAAGAUAAGGAGGAAAGUCUCUAAUGUGAUAUCUAUCUGUGCAUUUGCCUCGGUCUUGACAUGCUCGGUGGCGGCAGCUGCAGUCAUCGCCCCGCCUGUAGUGACAGCUCUGGCUGCGGCAGCCACUGUGCCUUCAUGGACAAUGGUGAAAUGGCUUGACUCGAUUUUUAAGAAGCGCAUGAUUGAUUUAAGAGCGAAAAGGGUGAUAAUUUGUUUAAUGUGUAUUGGGACUGUUAUAGAGAAAAUGGAUGUUGACAGGUUUCGGAAUGAGAUUGAGGCGUUAUUGGAGAGUGUAGAUUCAGCUAUGAGGGAGGAGGGCUCAAUGGUUAUUGCAGUGGAGGAGAUUCAAAAGAAGAAAAUCCACGAGGGCUGGGAACUUAAUUCUACAGAAGAUCGUAAAUCAAAACUUUGUUUAGCACAAAAACAACAGUAUGAAUCCGAUGGAAAUAUAGAAGAAAAAAUAGCAAUAGGAAAAAUAAAGCAAAGGAACAGCAGAGAAAACUCCAAACUUGAAAUUGGAUUAAAUUAA